ACAGCUCCUCCACCCCACACCCGUAACCCAGGAAAAUGAAAUCAUAGCAUAAAUUAUACUUUCUCAAGCUUUUCACUAAUUAUGAUUUUCUUCUUUUAAACUGCCCAAUCAAAUUGCAGCAACAACCGCCAUUAUCCCUUUUUUUUUCCUUUCCUUUCUAUCAAAGUAUCUUUCUCACCCACUAUCCCCAAUAUUAGGAUAACAGAUAUUGAUAAUAUCAAGUACCCAAUAAUUUAUUUCCAGAUUCCUCAGUUUCUGUUUCAGCUGGGUUUUCAGUUUUCUUUUUUCUUUUUCGGGUUAUUGUUGUAUUUUUGGUGGCUGUGAGGUACACUGAUGAUCGGUGUUGUUUGGUAGUUUCGCCCGGGAAAAAAGAAAAAGAAAAAGAAAUGGUCACUGUUCAUCGUAUGAUCACUACUUGGGUAACUGACCUUCUUGAUUGCAUGUGUGGUUGUUUCGGAUGCUGCACUAAACCCACACCGAUUAUUGCUGUGGAUGAGCCAACAAAAGGAUUGAGAAUUCGAGGGCGUAGAGUGAGGAAGCCUAGCAUUUCUGAUGAUUUUUGGAGCAGCAGCACGUAUGAAUUGGAAAACAGUGCCCUCCAAUCUCAAAGGAGCUUGUCAUCAAUUAGUGCAUCAAACCCAACUCUAAGCCAAUGCAGUAGCAGCAGUGGCAUUGUCAACCCAUCUGAUUUUGUAAAUCAGGGUCUUAUUGUCUGGAAUCAGGCCAGACUCCAAUGGAUUGGAAGUAAUAGGCCCAGGAACCAUACUCGACAAAGUCGACAGCCCAGAUUAAGUUCGAAUGCAUCUUAUGAAAGUUUACUUGGGACCAGGAAUCCAUUCCCACGACCAAUUCUUCUUUCCGAAAUGGUUGAUUUUCUGGUGGAAGUAUGGGAAGAAGAGGGAUUGUAUGCUUGAAGUUAAUAUCAAAAAAAGGAAAAAACGAUUUCAGUCAUUUAAUUAGUAAAAACUGUCCAUCUUUGUGAUUUUGACCAUUUAGGGAAAGCUGUAUAUAGCUAUGGGGAAAAUGAAGCAAAAAAAGGGAAAAGAGAUCAAAAACAGAAGUUCCUAUUUCAAUUUGUAUAAUUUCAUAGUAUCCACAGUCUACACUCUUUUGUUCCAA